AGCGUAACACCUAUGCAGCACGGUAACCAAAUCCCCAGUUUUCGGCGAAACCCCGCAUUUUCUCGCUGCCCAAACACCAGGAAGAAAAUGAACGGUGUUAUUUGGAAGCCGUUAAUUCCAUUAAAACCCCCGUCAUUUCCGGCCAAAGCUCGGUCCUCCCAUCUUCCAGUCUCCACGAUCAACACCACCCGAAAAUUCCAGUCAAUCUCUGCGUCAAAUCAACAGCAACAACUCAACCUCUCUGUUCUUCGUUUCACUCUCGGGAUACCCGGGUUUGAUGAGUCCUAUUUGCCCAGAUGGAUCGGGUACGGGUUCGGGUCUCUUAUACUGUUGAACCACUUUGUGGGUUCGGACCUCAACACCAUUACUGCAGCACAGCUUAGAACGGAGGCUUUGGGGCUUUGUCUGGCAGCAUUCUCUGUGGUGCUUCCCUACCUGGGAAAAUUUCUUAUGGGUGCUGCUCCUGUGGAUCAAACAACUCUUCCGGAAGGCAUUGAGCAAAUCUUUGUGAUGUCACAAAAUAUUUCAGAUAUCCUGAAAGAGGACUUGGCUUGGGCAACAUACAUUUUGCUGCGGAACACAAACACCAUUGCUGUGCUUAUAUCAAUUCGAGGUGCAUUAUGCGUGCGUGGCUACUGGAACACACCGGAUGAUGUAUCAAAAGCUCGUGUUCUUGAUUGGGUUGAGAAAGAGAUUGAGAAGAUUGGCCUCUCUGAUUUGAAGGACACCCUCUAUUUUCCUCAGAGUGCAGAUUCUGGACUUUGGGAAAUGCUCCCCAAGGGUACCUGUUCUCUCUUGGUGCAGCCAGUUUCGCAAAUUCCAAGCCAAGGUACCGACAAGAUGGAGAAGAUUGAUGGAUUUGUCCUCCUGGCUUCAAGCAUAAAUUAUGCAUAUACUGAUAAAGAUAGAGCCUGGAUAGCAGCUGUUGCUAACAAAUUUAGAGGAGGUGCUCCAUAGUGCUUCUCACUGCAUGUUCUUAAUAUAGAUAUAUUUUUUCUAGAGCAUCACAAGAAGGGGAAAAAAAUCUUCAGCAAAA